AUAUCGAUGAGUGUGCCUUAAAGACCCACACCUGUUGGAAUGACUCAGCCUGUGUGAACCUGGCAGGAGGCUUUGACUGCCUUUGUCCAUCUGGACCAUCUUGCACUGGAGACUGUCCCCAUGAAGGUGGUUUCAAGAGGAACGGGCAGGUGUGGACCCUGAGAGAGGACAGAUGCUCUGUUUGUUCCUGCAAGGACGGGAGGAUUUUCUGCCGGAGGACAGCCUGUGACUGCAAGAACCCCAGUGCUGACCUCUUCUGCUGCCCGGAGUGCGACACUCGUGUCACCAGCCAGUGCCUCGACCAAACUGGGCACAAGCUCUACCGCAGCGGGGACAACUGGACCUACAGCUGCCAGCAGUGCCGCUGCCUGGAAGGGGAGGUGGAUUGUUGGCCUCUUCUGUGCCCAAAUCUGAACUGCGAGUACACAGCCAUCGCAGAAGGAGAGUGCUGUCCCCACUGUGUCAGUGACCCCUGUCUGGCUGACAACAUCACCUAUGACAUCAGGAAAACCUGUCCAGAUGGCUAUGGAAUCACAAGGCUUAGUGGCGCCGUAUGGACAAUGGUGGGAUCUCCUUGCACGACCUGCAAAUGCAAGAAUGGGAACGUUUGCUGCUCGGUGGAUUUAGAGUGUCUCAACAAUAACUGAUGUAGUCAGUCUGGACUGUGCUGAGGGAGGAAAACGAUGAAGUUAACACCUGAAAUGAAGUCGUAUGCGUCGGCGUUUUAUACAACAGACGAUUACCAAAGUCUCCACAUGAGGAAGAUGUUUGGGAGUUGCCUUUGGGACCUAUCACUAUGCUCAUCCUUGCUAGCCUUGUCUGGGUGACUUACAGUACAGCGCAUAUAAAUCAAUGGUUGCUAAAAGAUUUAAGUGUUGUAAAUGACACACUUUUCCUGUCAAGAAAUUUGCAAAUAUGUUUCAAUUAUUUCAUGGGUAAACUAAUGCUGUAUUUUUUUGUUUUGAUUUGUGUAUUGACAACAUGGAUAGAAUUCAGCUCUUCUUACUUUGAAUCUAGAUUUUACAAAUAAGACAACCUGUCGUGAUUUUGUCCCAUGAUAUCACAUACUUAGUUCCAAGGUCCCUGUUAGAUGUAUUUAUGAAAAUAUGUAUGUAUGUACAGUCAAAUUGCAUAGUACUUAUAUUUCACAGC